UCGCCCUUAAUUUCAACCGCAUGUAAUCCCCCCAUCAAAGUCUCUCACAACGCGCUCUCUCUCUCUCCCCUCUCUCGCUCUCUACCAAUAGAGAGAGAAGGCUUCUUCUUUCUGACUGCGUAGUGCAACCUGAAUCCCUGAUACACAUGGCCACGGUGAACCCCAGCCUGACGGGUCCAGUCUUCAGGGUUGACUCCAUGGAGCACCAGUGCCUGAUGAUGGAGAAGAGGCAGCUCUUCCUCCGGAGCUACCAGUUCAGCAGAAAGCGGACCCUCUCGGAGAGGAUCAAGAGGUCCUUCACAAGGAUCGAGCGGGUCCUCUGCUUCCGGCUAAGGUCCGCCCGCCGGCUCCGGAAGCUGGUCUGCUCGAGGCUCUCCAGGCUCAGACACAGGCUCUGCUACUCCAGGAGACGAUCGAGGUUCCUUCGCGUCCUCUGCAGCAACAGCUUCUGCAGCAAUCAGAAGAGCGAUUCGUCAUCGUCUUGCUUCUCCUGCUUCUCUUGAUCGAUUGAAUUCCAUUCAUCUGUUCAGAAGGUUCGGUAGCUGAUUAACUCCCUGCCCUGAGAGAUUAAUCCUCAGUAGCAGCAGCCUUCCAUGCUGAAGUGACUUAGACCCAGGAUUUCACAUGUAUCACGGAUUUAGACGAAAGUU